AUGGGCGCCAAUCUUCUGCGUCCACUGGGCGCGGAUGUGACCACGGUGUGGUAUAACUCGCUGGGUCGUCUUAUACACGUCGGCAGCGUCCUGCCGCUGCGUCUUCCAACGGUGAUGCCAGGUGAAGUUGACGUUGACGAGGCG